GCAGCGCCACGCACAAGAGAGACGCAUGGAGUCGCCGCCACGGUCUGUGAGCCCACCCCACAUUAGCCGCAGUCGGUCGGUGCGGUCGUCGGUCACGUCGGCGCCGACGAGGGACCUUUUGCGCACCGACUGUGGCGAAGCCCGGCCGCGGUACAUGCAGGAGACCACGUCGAGCAUCCAGAAGUACGGCCCCGCCGACGAGGAGUCCCCGCCCAAGAUGCUCUGCCACCCGCCUGGCAACCCGAUGCUCAUGUCCCGCCGGUCGCCCAAGCUCGAUUUUCGCCCUGAGCCCGUGACACGCCGCCCGAGCAAUUCGAGUCCGCCCAAGACGGCCGACCUGGAGCGUCAGCUCGAAGAGAUGACAAUGCACUACCAUCAGCUGCAAGCGACGCUCGCGGACAAGGACGCAAUCAUAAGCACCUUUACGCAGACAUGCACCCGUCUCCAAGCCGACUGCGAGCUGCUAGCAGAGAGCGCGGCGAGCUGGAAGGCGCGCUACGAAGCUCUCUCCGCACGCGACCACGAGGUUCCAAGCCCGUCGACUGCUACCGACGAAGCCGUGCUCGAGUUGCGCAGUAUCCUACUGGUCGAGGCAGACGACGCGCCAGCAAAGAAGGCGACGCCCUCGUAACUUUCCGAUCGCUAAACCUUGUAACAUAAACUGCGGGCAACA